AUGAUCAUCCUCGUCGUGACGACUACGACCGUGACAACGGCGAUGACCGCGGUGGCGGAAGUGCAGGCGCCCCUCGUGGACGUGGUCGUGGCGCCCCGUCGAAGCGCGAUCCUCCUCGCAGUCGUAGCCGCAACCGUGGCGGAGAUGACCGCAAUCGCACUUGGCGUGAUGAAGGCUAUCGAGGCCGUAGCCGCCGAGGCGUUUCACCGACAUCACAGUCUAGUAGUCCACGUCGUACUCAAGUUACGCACAACUCCGAUAGUCAUUCCGACUGUCCUCAUGUUACGUCAUCGAUUACCAUCGAGAAGUGUGUCGUUGCGCCCAACUCCGGUGAUCGUGUCGAUCUCCCAGGUGGUUUGUAUCGUAGCCGCCGUGACGUUGUUUCGUCUUCUGAUAAGCUGA